AUGGCGUCGGAAACGAUGAAUACAUCCGAUGCGGACGCCCGCAGUCAUAGCGGACGCAGUUCCCCUACUAAUGGCCGCGAGAGCACUCCGUUUGCUGCCAACACCGCUGCUGGGGCGGCCGCUGCUGCCUCAUUUUUUCCGUUGGGGUACCGCGAAGGCUUCAGCCAAUGGUGGGCUCGUCUACCUGCUGCUGCUGCCGAGCACAAAGUCCUUUCAUACCUUCCUUACCUGCAUCACCAACCCCCAACACAUCUCCAAACCGGCAACACAGCAGACUUCCCCGAUGAAAAUACCCCAGCCAGUUUGCGGUCUGCAGAUCACGACCAGAAAGCGGAUAUCUCAACCAACUCUAGUGAUGAUCCCUACGGCCCUCGUCGCUGGCGCUCCAGCAUGGUCGAGUUGAGCGGAAAAGACCGGGCUCUCAACGAAUUUUCGGUGGAAAGAGUGGGCGAGGAAGCUGAUCAGCAUCUGGUCAUGCUUCAUGGCUAUGGCGCAGGUCUUGGUUUUUUCUAUAAGAAUUUCGAGCCACUCAGCCGGUUGAAAGGUUGGCAGCUUCAUGCCCUGGAUAUGCUGGGUAUGGGUCGCAGUACACGGCCUGCUUUCAAAAUCAAGGCGAAGGACCGAGAGGAAGCUAUUAGAGAGGCAGAGGCAUGGUUCAUAGAUGCGCUGGAAGAAUGGCGUGUCAAACGUAAGAUUGACCGAUUUACUUUGCUUGGUCACAGCUUGGGUGGUUACAUGGCUGUCGCAUAUGCGCUCAAGUAUCCUGGUCACCUCAACAAACUUAUCCUCGCAUCUCCAGUGGGUAUUCCUGAGGACCCAUAUGCGGUGACUUCGGGAGUUUCUGAGCCGACAGAGUCUACACUUCCCAGUGAACUCACCCAAGAUCAAAUCGACAUUACUACGCCAAAAACUCACGACGGGAGCUUCAUCACUGGACGAGAUCCUGCAGUUUCCACAUCCAACGAACCACCACGUCGGAAAAUCCCCAAAUGGUUCGCCUAUUUGUGGGACCAGAACAUCUCCCCCUUUAGUCUGGUACGGUGGGCAGGCCCUCUUGGCCCCCGGUUGGUGUCUGGGUGGACUUCGCGCCGCUUCUCCCAUCUCCCCACUGACGAAGCCAAAGCUCUUCACGACUACUCGUACUCUAUCUUUAGUAUGCGUGGCAGCGGUGAGUACGCCUUGGCCUACAUUCUCGCUCCCGGUGCAUUUGCCCGCAGCCCUCUUAUCCACCGUGUUACUGGCAUCGGUCGUCAGAUGAUCCAGCCUGGCAGUCCGCUGUCCAAUCCUGCCACUGAAGCGGCCUCCAAGUCCUGCUCGAUUUUCUCCAAGUCAACCACUUCCGGUGUAGCUACUUCUGAAGAUGCUACCAUCCCAACUACAACCCCUUCAUCUGAUAUUUCAGAAGCACCGCGUCGUGAAAACGGUCUCCCCGUCAUCUUCAUGUAUGGUGACCAUGAUUGGAUGGAUGUAACGGGUGGCCACGCUGCUGUUAAACUCAUGGAAAAAGAAAAGCAACAGGUUUUGGCCAAUGCCAAGCCUGAAGAGCGACAGAAUGAUCAAGGCUCAGCAAAGGUUGUCGUCAUCAAGAGAGCAGGACAUCACCUCUAUCUUGACGGAUGGCAAGAGUUCAACCAAGUCAUCCUCUCUGAAAUGGAGGAUGUUAAUCGGCGCGAGAGGGCGUCGUAG